CCUAAAGGGGAGUUGGAGCAGGUGGGGGAGACAGGUGAGUCGGGGGAGUAUAAUGUGUACAGUACCUUCCAGAGCCACGAGCCUGACUUUGACUACCUGAAGAGUCUGGAGAUCGAGGAGAAGAUCAACAAGAUCCGCUGGCUGCCUCAACAGAACGCCGCCCACUUCCUGCUCUCCACCAACGAUAAGACCAUCAAGCUGUGGAAGGUGAGUGAGCGAGACAAGCAACCGGAGGGCUACAACCUGAAAGAUGAGGAGGGCAGGGUGAAGGACAUCUCUACAGUCACAUCACUACAGACCUGA